ACGUUAGGACGACCAAGGGGAUGGAGCACCAUUGAGGGCCGUUCAUACAGAUACUAAAAUUAAAACGCUGAGAUCAUAGCCUCUAUAAAGUACAAAGUAAAAAAGUACACUUGCACGAGAGAAUCAACUAGAAAUGGAAAUGAUAUUACUAACUUUUUGCUUAGCCACUCUCUUGGUACUUCUCCUAAAUUCCAUUCUCAAACAAAACGCCACAAACAACGUUAACCUACCACCGUCUCCAUGGCGGCUUCCGGUGAUCGGGAACCUCCACCAGCUCAGCCUCAAUACUCACCGCUCUCUCCGUUCUCUGAGUCUCCGAUAUGGACCACUCAUGCUCCUUCAUUUCGGCCGGACACCAGUCCUCAUAGUCUCCUCUGCCGACGCUGCUCAUGACGUCCUUAAGACGCACGAUCUUAUUUGUGCUAAUCGUCCAAAAACUAAAGUGAUCGAUCAAAUUCUUAGAGGUGGCAAAGAUGUGGCUUUUGCCCCUUACGGAGAAUAUUGGAGACAAAUGAAGAGUAUUUGCAUCCAGAAUCUACUCAGCAACAAAAUGGUUCGGUCAUAUGAGAAGAUAAGAGAAGACGAGAUAAAACUAAUGAUUAAAAAGCUGGAAAAAGCUAGUUCUUCUUCUUCUCUAUCACCGGUAAAUAUAAGCCAACUCUUUAUGACUUUGACAAACGACAUAAUAUGUAGAGCUGCCUUGGGAAGAAAAUACAGCAGCAAGGAAGAUGGAAUUGAUGUUGAGAACAUAGUGAGGGCAUUUUCCGCACUCACGGGUGAAUUUCCUAUAGGGGAAUACAUUCCUAGUUUGUCAUGGAUCGACAGAUUCCGCGGUAUUGAUCAUAAAAUGGAGGAAGUAGAUAAAAGAUUUGAUGAUUUUUUGGAAAGAGUUGUAAAAGAACAUGAAGAUGCAGAUAAAGAGACCACAUCCGACUUGGUUGAUAAGUUACUGACGAUCCAAAGCGAUAAGACAGGACAAUUCAAGCUUGAAAAAGAUGCCUUAAAACUUAUCAUAUGGGAUAUGUUUUUAGCAGGAACGGCAACAACUUUGUCAUUUCUUGAAUGGACAAUGACAGAGCUUAUGAGACAUCCAAAGGCCAUGAAUAAACUUCAAGAAGAGGUUCGUUCAACUUCACCACAAGAUUUAUUUGUAACGGAGAAAGAAGCUGAGAAGAUGAAUUAUUUGCAAGCUGUUAUUAAGGAGGCUUUACGGUUGCGUCCACCCGCUCCACUGUUGGUUCCACGAGUAUUUAGUGAAGAUGUCAAGUUAAAGGGAUAUAAUAUUCCUGCAGGCACACAGCAUCUUCUGCUUGAUUCCCCAAUCUCUCUCUUUUAGCCUGAUUAAUGAAUAAAACAUUGCAACUUUGUACGGUUUGAUUAGUGAUGUCUUGUGUGUCAUAUAUAUAUAUAUAUAUACAUGUUUGAUAUUCUCAGCCUGUUCUAAAGGUACAUUCUUCGGCUUUUGGGAUGUAAUCGAAAUAUGAAGGACUUGUAAUGCACUCAUUGAAUAAUCAAAGACAAAGCUUGAAGA